AUGGACAAUAAAUUUAAAUGGAAACUUGAAUCUUCAGGACGUUAUGUGGAGAAUGUCUUAUAUUCUUAUGCUAUCAAAAAUGACGAUUCUCCCGAACUACCACUACAUUCAUUCAUAAUUGAUCUCAAAGAUUCCAUAAUAAAGAAAAUAUUCACCAAUCCUGAAUUAGAGGAAAUGGCAAAUACAAAUAUUAAGACAGAUCCUGUCGUUGAUAAGGUUUUUGUAGAUGAAUUGAAUCGUUUUUCUGAAAUCACUACCAUUCAAGGAUUUCGUGUUGCAUUAAACAAAUUAUCAACAAAAUGUUUGGAGACAUCAAAUAAAGAUGAUCAUUUCUCAUUAGAUACUCUUCAUUAUAUUAUCAAUACUUUAAUGUUUGAUGAUCUUGAACAUAUUGAUGUAAUUAGGGGUGAUGCUUCCUCAAUAGCAAGUUCUGAGAGGAAAAAUCUCAAUAGGAAUUUUACUAAAAGAAAGAAAGUUGGUAGAAAAAUUGAUGGGUUGAUUAGGAACACUGAUGGUUUGGAAUAUGGAGGGAUGGAAGCAGGAAGAUACUAUGAAGGUGAAAAAGGAACGAAAUGGUUGAAGGAAUCUAAUUUGAAAUUGCCAAAACUAUCAAGAGAUAUGCUGGUCCAAUUGGAUCACGAAAAAAAAACAGUUUUGGAGGAGUUAGAAAUUGUGGGUUUUGUUCAUGGAGGGUGUUCCUUAAUGUUAAUCUUUGUUGAUAUUCCAAAAGGAUAUAUUUGUAGGCUAACAAGAAGCAUUGUUUAUGAAAUUCCUACCAAAAUCAAGUCUUUUUAUAAAGCUUUAGAACUAAUCAGUGCAGUCUGGACUGCAAAGCUAUCAAAAGAUGAUAAUCAAAAAGAGAAUGUUGUUGACUAUAAAAAUAUAUUUAAAUCAAUGGACAAUAAAUUUAAAUGGAAACUUGAAUCUUCAGGACGUUAUGUGGAGAAUGUCUUAUAUUCUUAUGCUAUCAAAAAUGACGAUUCUCCCGAACUACCACUACAUUCAUUCAUAAUUGAUCUCAAAGAUUCCAUAAUAAAGAAAAUAUUCACCAAUCCUGAAUUAGAGGAAAUGGCAAAUACAAAUAUUAAGACAGAUCCUGUCGUUGAUAAGGUUUUUGUAGAUGAAUUGAAUCGUUUUUCUGAAAUCACUACCAUUCAAGGAUUUCGUGUUGCAUUAAACAAAUUAUCAACAAAAUGUUUGGAGACAUCAAAUAAAGAUGAUCAUUUCUCAUUAGAUACUCUUCAUUAUAUUAUCAAUACUUUAAUGUUUGAUGAUCUUGAACAUAUUGAUGUAAUUAGGGGUGAUGCUUCCUCAAUAGCAAGUUCUGAGAGGAAAAAUCUCAAUAGGAAUUUUACUAAAAGAAAGAAAGUUGGUAGAAAAAUUGAUGGGUUGAUUAGGAACACUGAUGGUUUGGAAUAUGGAGGGAUGGAAGCAGGAAGAUACUAUGAAGGUGAAAAAGGAACGAAAUGGUUGAAGGAAUCUAAUUUGAAAUUGCCAAAACUAUCAAGAGAUAUGCUGGUCCAAUUGGAUCACGAAAAAAAAACAGUUUUGGAGGAGUUAGAAAUUGUGGGUUUUGUUCAUGGAGGGUGUUCCUUAAUGUUAAUCUUUGUUGAUAUUCCAAAAGGAUAUAUUUGUAGGCUAACAAGAAGCAUUGUUUAUGAAAUUCCUACCAAAAUCAAGUCUUUUUAUAAAGCUUUAGAACUAAUCAGUGCAGUCUGGACUGCAAAGUUGAAAGUUCAAAGAACAAUUUCUAUAGUUGAGCAACCAAAACUAAAAUAUCGGUAG